CGCAGUAGCAGCACCGCCUCCUAUAGGCGCAAUAUCUCAGCAAACAGCUGACCGUUCCAUUACUGCUGUGUGUUAUCUGUGCGGUGCUGUGUGUUUAUUAGAGGUGUGUGAUCGUCCUGGUUCUCCGUCAUGUUCUGGAUGGGACUUUAAGCGGCUGUCUGAACGUCUGAAGCGGACAAAGUGAGAUGCAUCUCCGGAGCGCUCAACCUGCUCCAUCGCGCACACAAAGCCUGUGAAGCAGGCCCGUUUUUUUUUCCUCCCGCUGAGCCGCACAGCUGAUGAUGCUCAAACAUGUCGGGGAAUCAGUUCAAAGGCAACGAAGUCAGCUGCUGCAUCAAGUACUUCAUUUUUGGAUUCAACAUCCUGUUCUGGCUGCUGGGCAUGGCCUUAGUAGGAAUUGGACUGUGGGCAUGGAGUGAAAAGGGAGUUCUGUCCAACAUCUCGUCCAUCACAGAUCUGGGAGGUCUAGACCCUGUCUGGCUCUUCAUGGUGGUUGGAGGGGUCAUGUUCAUACUGGGCUUUGCCGGAUGCAUCGGAGCAUUGCGGGAAAACACUUUUCUGCUUAAGUUUUUCUCUGUGUUCCUGGGCAUCAUCUUCUUCUUGGAGUUGACGACGGGGGUCCUGGCGUUUGUCUUUAAGGACUGGAUUAAAGACCAGUUGAACCUGUUCAUCAACAAUAACAUCCGGGCGUAUCGGGACGACAUCGAUCUACAGAACCUCAUCGAUUUCACUCAGGAAUACUGGGACUGCUGUGGUGCGUUUGGAGCAGAUGAUUGGAACCUCAACAUCUACUUUAACUGUACUGAUGCGAAUCCCAGUCGAGAAAAGUGUGGAGUCCCCUUCUCCUGCUGCACCAAGGACCCAGCGGAGGACGUAAUAAACACUCAGUGUGGAUAUGACAUUAGAGCUAAACCAGACUCUGAACAGAAGGACUACAUCAAUGUAAAAGGCUGUGUGCCACAGUUUGAGAAGUGGCUGCAGGACAACCUCACCUUGGUGGCCGGAAUAUUCAUCGGAGUUGCGCUACUGCAGAUCUUUGGGAUUUGUUUGGCCCAAAACUUAGUGAGUGACAUCGAAGCCGUGCGGGCGAGCUGGGUGCCCCCCCCUCUCUCCAUGCGUCGACUCCCACCUCACUCCGGCAAGAAAGCAUCGGCUUACUACUCAUGAGACACACACACACACAUGCUGUAUGUGUGUUUGUAGCCGCUUCUUUACCUAAUGCUGAAGCAGCAUUUUGACUCUUAACAGCUCCGGGACUUGAAUGCGUCUCCAUGGAAACGUCAAGGAGCACCCGCACCUGCAUUCUGUUCACUGAACCAGCACCUUCUUUUCAAGGCACUAAUAUGUGAAAAGCUCUGUAUAUAUAACACUGUGUGUGACUACUGUAAAAACAUUGUUGGAGAGGAAGGUUAAAACAUGCACUACAUGCGGACCGUCACAAUGCUCGUUUUGAUAGCUACACGUAGAGGAGUAGGAGUUUUGAUACAUCUUUUUGAUAUUAGAUCAGUAUUUUUCACUGUGGAAAUAAGGCUCCAUUGCUUAUAAAAAAAAACAUUGUAUUCUGUAGGACUGUGAAAUAGUUGUAUCCAAGAAACUGAGGAUGUGCUUGUUUUAAAGUUCAGUGCUUGCUUUCCCACCGCUCAGUCAUACAUUUUGCACCGUUUUUUUUACUACAGGAGGAUGUCUUUUUGUGUAUUGCAGCAGAUUCCAGGACUUUUCAUUUAAUAGCUGAACAUUCUGCAUUAUCAGGCAAAUUAAAAAGACAAGUUUAAUUGUUACAGUAACAAUGAAUUUUUAAUUACCGUUCAGCGAACAUCUACUCUUUGACUGUCGAACAACAGCGUGGAUAUUUGUGUGUACUGUGCUAAAUAUCCUAAAUGACAACAAAGGACUUGAACUAUUUAGCAUAAUGAGUUAUUACUCAGCUAAUGGGCUAAAAGGGAUCUCAGUUAAUUGAGUGAUGGGAGUAGAUUAUUUUCCAUUAUUGAUUUUGCUACUGCUACUGCUACUUAGCUUGAUCGAGCGCUACGAAUUCCGAGCAACACAGUUGGAUAUUUACUGAUUUAAAUCAAACACAGGUUUGAAUGUUUUUUAAGUAUAACUUGAAUCUACAAAACUCAUGCAGUGUAUGUUGAAAGAGUUAUUGGUUGCUGUCCAUACUGGCUGUAAAGUGAUCCCUUUGUAUGGUGACUACACUGUAAAAAAAACAAAAAAAAAAAACAGGGAUCAGGUCCACUAACCUUUGAGCCACUAUGAGGACAUAUCCAGGAAUGUCAUAGUACGGCACCUAAAGAGGGAAUUUCUACCAAAAAAAAAGCCAGUAACAUUGUAAAAAUACUCACUCAAUUUAAUGCCUUUUCUUACAUUGUAGUCAUGCUAUGAGGGAAUAGCAAAGCCAGUAUGAAUAUCAGUAACAUUUGUACAGAGUGUGAUAUUUAGAAAGACUUUGACAACAUCUGAACCAAUUGUUUAAAUUUUAAAUGGAUUGAAGGGAUGAAGAGAAACAAGAGUUAUUUUAUUUCUCAAAGUUAUUAACAAAUAGCGUAGUUUAUUAGUAACAAAACCUGGACAUGAAAUUGGCGCUAUUGUUGAAAAACUGCAAGUGAUACACAGUUCUAGAAGUCAUUGUAAUUCGUACAGGGGUUACCAUGACGAUCCCUAAGGCUUGUAAAAUGAUUACCCUGUAUUCCCAUCUUUGACAUUUUUAGAGAAAAGGUCUGGAUAAGUGUUAAAAAAGAAAAAAGGUAAAAAAAAAAUAAAAUAAAAAAAGACAUGUUUAAGCCCCCAUACACACAUGACCACAAAAUGUAUCUAGCUGUGCACCCACUGUCAUUUCAUUUCAUAUUGUGAUUAUUGCCUUCACCAAGGAGGUUAUAUUCAAGCAGGAUGACUCACUUACCAGGUUUAAAUGACGUUUGGUGUAAAGCUGGAAUAUAAACCAAGGAACAAGUCAUUCGUUAGUUCUUCAUAUUGUGAGAUCGGCAUUUUAGUACAUUUUCGCUAUCGUCUCUUAUUUGAAUGAAAACAACCCUGGCACAUGUAAUCCCAUUACUGUCUUUCACUGUGUGUAUUUUGAUGCAGAACUGACCAGUAUACAUGGAUUUUCAAAAUAAAAAGUGCUUGUUUUUCUGUUAAUUUUAAAUGUUAAAGUGAUACCUGCUUAAAAAGCUUAAAUCGCUCAUUUUGUCGAAGUAUUGUAGUCAGCUGCUCAGAUUGAACGCUUUUUUUUUGAUACUUUAUAAUUGUGAUUUGGGUCUCUGGUGCAACCGCAAAGUCAAAAUGUUCAAUACUGAAGCUGACUUGUCACUUUAAACUCCUCACAGUACAGUGAAUGUGGCGGGACUUUUAGGAUGUAAAGUGCUCUGGUACCUCUCACUCAUCACUACCUACAUCACUUCCAUGGAUUAUUUAGCUCACAGUAUUUCCCACAAGCAUUGUAAUGUAACUACCUCCUCUCUUUUUUUUUGUCUCAUGUCCUGUUAAAAUUUGACUGGUUUUAAUAUCAAGUAAAAAAUUAAUUAAUAAAGACGACAAAAAUAUUGAGUUCUUUGAAUUUUUGAGGAUUAAAAAUGAUUUU